UUUACUAAUACCUUGGACACAGGCAUUCGGAUGCUGGAUGGUGAUGUGACUGAUUUGGUAGAGGCCAAGUCCCUGGGAAUCCGACCUGACUACAUCGACAUCUACAGUGCCAGCUGGGGGCCAAAAGACGAUGGAAAGACAGUGGAUGGCCCUGGGCUGCUGACUAAGCAGGCAUUCGAGCAAGGCAUCAAGAAGGGCCGCAAAGGCUUGGGGUCCAUUUUUGUCUGGGCAUCAGGUAACGGGGGUCGACAGGGGGAUCACUGUUCAUGUGACGGUUACACCAGCAGUAUCUACACAAUCUCCAUCUCAAGCACCACAGAGAACGGAAACAAGCCAUGGUACCUAGAGGUCUGCAGCUCCAUCAUUGCCACAACAUACAGCAGUGGAGAGUUUAACGAGAGGAAAAUUGUGACCACCGAUCUUCGGCAUCUCUGUACUGAUGGUCAUACUGGGACUUCUGUCUCUGCUCCCAUUGUGGCUGGAAUCAUAGCCCUUGCUCUGGAGGCCAACCUUUUGCUGACAUGGAGGGAUGUGCAACAUCUUCUGGUGAAGACAUCCAGACCAGUCCACCUGAAAGCUGAUGACUGGAAGACCAAUGCUGCAGGACACAGAGUCAGCCACCUAUAUGGUUUUGGCCUGGUGGAUGCAGAGGCCUUGGUGGUGGAGGCGUCAAAAUGGAGGACUGUUCCUCCUCAGCACACCUGCAUUCAGAUGCCUGUGCGAUGCACCAGACACAUCCAUGCUGGCCAAAGUCUGAACAGCAGCACUACCACCUCCGGGUGUUCAGAGGAGCCUGACCAGCACGUGGAUUACCUGGAGCAUGUGGUGGUCAAGGUCCUGAUCGUCCACCCACGGCGAGGAGACAUGGAGAUCAACCUCAUCUCUCCGUCUGGGACGAGAUCACAGCUGCUGGCCAAGAGGUUGUUUGACAGUUCCAAUGAGGGCUUCAGGAACUGGGAGUUCAUGACGGUUCAUUUUUGGGGUGAGAGGGCACAGGGCUUAUGGACUCUGGAGAUUGUUGACUCACCAUCAAAGCUACGCAACCGUGAGGUGCUGGGCAACCUAAAAGAAUGGACACUGAUCCUGUAUGGCACAUCUCAGGACCCUUACCAGCCCCACAGUGCUCAGCACUCUCAUUCAAGGAUGUUGGAGAUCCCAGCCCCAGAGGAGAUCCUGGAGGAGCCAGAGCUAGAGGAGGAAGAUGAGUACAAUGGACCAUGCCACAGUGAGUGUGGAGACCAGGGCUGUGACAGACCAGAUACUGAACACUGCCUCAACUGUGUCCACUUCAGCACAGGCAGCUUAAAAAGUGGCAGAGCCUGUGUGAGCCACUGUCCACGUGGACACUAUGAAGACAUAGCGUCUCGACGCUGUAGACGCUGCUAUAAAGGCUGUGAGGGAUGUGUUGGCCGAUCAGCCAGUGACUGUCGCCCCUGUCGAAAAGGCCUUUACCUCAACACACUCAACUCUAGCUGCAUCGAUACCUGUCACCCAGGUUACUUUGCUGAUGAGAAUCAGAGACUAUGUCUGAAGUGUCAUGACACCUGUAUGAGAUGCCUGAGGUAUGCAGACAGAUGCACCGCCUGCAGCGAAGGCUAUCGUCUGGCAGGGAUGACUUGUGUUCCUGAAUGCACCAUUGGGACCUUUUUCCAUGUGGAAGAGAUGACCUGCAGCCCAUGCCAUUCAUCUUGUAGGACUUGUACAGGGCCCGGUAAGGAGGAGUGUAUACAAUGUACUGAGGGCUACCUGCAGCAGGAGUGGAGGUGUGUGCAGACCUGUACUCCUGGCUAUUACUCUGCAGAUGCAGCAGGAGUACCUCAUAAGAUGUGCCACAGAUGUGAGGAAAACUGUCUGAGCUGCAGUGGCCCUGGAACAACUUGCACUAAAUGCAAAGAGGGUUAUAGUCUGGUCGGCAGGACUUGUAUUGUGAAUGCAUCCUGUAAUAAUGGUAGCACCAAUCUGAAGACUGCGCAACGGACUUGCAGAGUGAGGUGAACAAGCUGACGAAUAAACAAAGCUUCACGCUAACUACAUACGUUAUGUUCACCUUAAAUAUGGCAGACUAUCUGAAACCUGCUGCUGAGGGGCUUUGACAACAACAUUUAAAGUAGAAAAGG